CCUUGUCAGGUCAAAGUUCACUGGAUGCGGAAUCGGCGUACCACGGCUUUUUUCAAUGAAAUAGUUGUAUGAUAUAUAUAGUUUGACUCUGCAGCGCCUGGCUCUCAGGCUCAGGAACUCUUUAUACACCCAGACUUAAAUGUUUGGCGAGUUGUUGUUAAAAAUAACUAACGUUAGCCAACUCUUAUGUAAUAGCAGACAGCUGCUACACUGGAGAAAAAAGGCAUCUGUGGUGCUGGAGCUAUCUAAGCUAACUACACGGUUCCCCGCCACGCAAACCAUAGAGGUCUGCGUAGAUGUGUGAACUAGCUUAGCUGGAAAAUCUCUGAUUUUUCUGGUCCUUGGGGCAUCCUCACUCGUCUCUGAAUGACAAUGACCACCAUCGUCCACGACACCACAGAGGCAGUCUGCUUGUCCGCCGAGUACAAUUUGUACCUCAAGCCGAUAGCUAAAAUGACCGUCAGCGUGGCCCUACCCCAGCUCAAGCUGCCAGGCAAGAGCAUCUCCAACUGGGAAGUGAUGGAGAGGGUGAAGGCGAUGGUCGCUCCUGAGCAGUUCUCCGCCCUCAGAAUCUCCAAGAGCACCAUGGACUUCAUCCGCUUUGAGGGCGAGGUGGAGAACAAGACUGUGGUCAAAGGCCUGCUAAGCCGUCUUGAUGGAAAGACCAUUAAACUUAGUGGAUUCACCGAUGUGCUCAAGGUUCGGGCAGUAGAAAAUAAGGUGGAAUUCCCCACCCGCCAUGACUGGGACUCCUUUUUCCGUGAUGCUAAGGACAUGAAUGAGACCCUGCCUGGAGAGAGGCCGGACACCAUCCACCUGGAAGGCCUUCCCUGUCGCUGGUUCAGUCAGAAAGACAGUCAGUUCCCAGAUCGGCCCUCAGAAGAAGUCCUCAUUGCUGUUUUCCAGACAUUUGGGAAGGUGCGCAAUGUUGACAUCCCCAUGCUGGACCCUUAUAGGGAGGAGAUGAUGGACAAAAACUUCAGUACCUUCAGCUUUGGAGGCCACCUAAACUUUGAAGCUUUUGUCCAGUAUCAGGAGUAUGGCUUCUUCACAAAAGCCAUGGAUACGCUCCGCGGCAUGAAGCUGAUGCUGAAAGGAGAGGAUGGAAAGGCAGUGGCCUGCAACAUCAAGGUGACGUUCGACACCAGCAAACACCUUAGUGACGCGGCCAUUAAGAAGAGGAACCUGGAGCGGCUGAAGCUGCAGGAGCUGGAGAAGCAGAGAGAGGAGCAGAAACGACGAGAGAAAGAAGAGGAGGAGAGGCGAAAGGAGGAAGAGAGGAAACUGAAAAAGAUGGAGGAGGAGGAAAAGGAGAGAAAAAGAGAAGAGAGGAUAAGGAAGCGGGAGCAAAAGCUACGGGAGAAGGAGGAAAGGAGGAAUGUGAAGAAGGUCAGGCGGCAGCAGGAGGAGGAGCAGAAGAAGCUGCAGAUGAAGAUCGCGAUGGAGGAGAGGAGGCUGCUGCUGGCUCAGCGCAACCUGGAAUCCUUACGUCUCGUUGCUGAGCUGCUGGCCAGAGCCAAGACACUCAAACAGCAUCAGGAGGAAAAAGAAAAGGCGGAACGAGAGAAGCAAGAGCGACAGGAGCAGGCCAGACAAAAGGAGGAAUUGGCUCGCCUUCAGCAGCUGGAAGCCUGUCGGCGCAGACAGGAGGAGGAGCUGCGGAGGGUGGAGGUGGAGAAGCAGCGAGCGCUGGAACUCCAACGUAGAGAAAAGGAGCUGAGAGACAAACUUCUGUCCAACCUCAUUAAGAAAAGCAGCGAGGAAACCGCCGGAGUCGUACGGGAACCGGCUGGCUUACAAGGCAGCGAAGAGGCCUCGGAUCCUCACUGUGGGAUGCUGGAGGUCCUGGGUCGAGUGAACGGGUUGGAGCCAGGAAACGGCAAAGAGAAGCAAGUAUCUGAGGCUAGUGUUAGAUCAAAAACUUUGUCCAAGAAGAGCUCAAAUGACAAACACGAAGAAAUGGUUAAAAACAGACAUGGAAAGGAACAAACUAGAGGCCACUCACGCAGAGAAAGAAGCUCGCACAGUCGAGGGAGACAGAGGCGCUCUCAGAGUCACAGCCGACGGAGAAGGAGCUCGAGGAGCUCCAGCCGCCACAGGAGGAGCAGCAGCAGGAGACGCUGCAGCACCAGCUCCAGCAGAGAGCGGAGCUGGAGCAGCAGGGGAAGGAGCUGCAGCAGGGGAAGGAGCCACGGGCGGAGUCGCCACACAUACAGCAGACAGCGAUCCAGAAGCAGCAGUCAGCACAGAGAUCACAGGAGACACCAGAGACGCAGCGGCAGCACCAAGAGGAGCCACUCCAGGAGACGCUGAGCCGCUUUUCAAACAGAAAAGUUUAGUGUCUUAGGUCAGAAUGCAAAGAAAUUCAACCAAACUUCACAAAAGGAUCUCAAGCCUACAUUUAUGAAUGUCAGGGGUGUAGAUAAAAAUAAUAAAAAAAUAUGUCCGUUUUACAAAGUUACUCAGUUGUUCUGUUGCUCAGCUGAAGCUUCUAACGUAAGGAAUCUUCUGGCAUCUAUGUUAUGUAAAAAUGUGAAUGAACACAUUUCAGGACGGCAGCAAAGCAAACAGAAAAAAAGAAAAGCUUUGGUGAAUAUUUUUUAACAAAAACUCCACUCUAGACUUGUUAGGAAACAGUUUUGUCUGUAUUAAACCAAAAAGGAGGUGAGAAUUUCUUGACCUUUUUUAUCAACUGUUUUAGUUGAGCUGCUACAGCUGUAGUGGCGUUUUUAAGACCCAGCAUGUCAUUUUACUGCUUUAGGCUUCAAAGUAUAGGUGAUGAAGGUGUCAAAGGGAACUACUCCGACAUCUUUUUGGUUUUUGUUUUGUGACUUUUGCAGAUGUUUGAAGAAACUGCUUUCAUUCUAUAAGCCUCAGUCUUUUUUCUUUCUUUCUAGAACCUGCUAUUUCCUUUUGUUGUACACAAUAAAAGAUGAAGCUGUAACUUAUAGACUGAAGAAUCGGCUUCAGAACAAGCCUUUUAUUUUGAAGAGACUUGAAGACACGUGUGCCCUUUUUUUCUGUCCAUAUGUGAAAAGAGGAACAAAAGUGAUUAAAAUGAAAAUCUACUGUUGAACACAGAGUCGAGUCUGAAUGUUGUUCUGUUUUCAGGUUUUUAGAGUGAUGCGGCUCAACAGACUGUAAAAGUUUUCUCACUACAAAGACCCAUCUGUUCUGCAGGAUUACAAUUCUCCCGUGAAGCAUGACUUACAAACACUGCAAGCUGGUUAUGAAAAAUAAACGUUUUCAAAGUUGA